GGCCGCCGGAGCGCAGGAUGGCAGCUCCGACCAUGAAGGAGAGGCAGGCGUGCUGGGGCGCCCGGGACGAGUACUGGAAGUGCCUGGACGAGAGCGAGGACGCUUCGCGGUGCCGCACGCUGAGACGCGCGUUCGAAUCCAGCUGCCCCCAGCAGUGGAUAAAAUAUUUUGAUAAAAGAAGAGACUACUUAAAGUUCAAAGAAAAAUUUGAAGCAGGAGAGUUCCAGCCUUCAAAAACAACUGCACAGCCCUAGGCUGCCCCAGAACUUUUCAGAGACUGUGAUGCUUCCUUCUGGACGUGGCGACGUGCUCUGGGACAGCAGGGGUUUAGAUCAUGCAGACGACAGCUGCGUCCUACACACACCGUUGUAGACCUCAGAGGGGCAGGAGACGGAAGAGCCCACCAUUCAGAUCCGAAUUGAAAUAAACUGAUACUAAAUAUGUGCAGUUAUAGUUUGGUAAUUAACCUGUGUUUUAAGAAAAGAACCAAAGCCUGUUAGGAAAAGACA